GUCCAGAGCUAGUCUUUGACUCUGCUCUUAGGGACACAGAAAUAAGUCUUUCAGCCUCGUAACUUUGCGAAGGAAACUAGGAACCACGCGGGAAAGCCUUCAAGGCCCAUCUCUCCGGUAGCAGGUGGCAUUGCCGGCGGGAACAGACUGUCCCGAACGAAAAGCUUCACGGGAACUUGAGUCCCCUUCCCGGCCGGGGGCGGGACAGGUGCCAGAGGCUCGCAGGCCCUUUCCUCUCUCUACGCAGCGCGGCUUCGUACUCAGAGGCCCUGACCGCGAUCUUCAGUUUCUCUCGUUUUCAUUUAGCCCACCGCCUUCCUUCCUCUCUAUUGGCCCACGGUCCUGCCGGUAUCCCUCGGGCUCUGCCGGAGGGCCUCCCCAUUGGACGAGGCCGACGAGCGGCCGCGGGAGGGCGGGUCCGUUCCUCUUCCGGGUCCCGCCCCCAUGCCGCCGGUGCCCGCCCCCUCGCUCCCCUCCGGGGCCACCGCCCAGCCCCUUCAGAAGCCGAGCCCAGGCUUGGCUACCGACUCAGAGGGCUCGCAGUCGCCUAGUCAGCUGUCCUUGCUCCCGGGCACGUCAUCGGGAAGCUCUGGGCUUAGCGAGGAGGCGGUUGUGGAGGAGCGAGGGCGGAAGCCGAGCUGGCUCCGUAGACGAGACCCGCGCGGGAGCGGGAGCCCGGAACUCCAGCCGCAGAGCCCGAGCCCGGAUCUAGGGUCAGGCCAGAACCCGAGCUCCUCGCGCUGGGCCCGCACCGGCAUGGCGGCCUCAUCGGUGCUGAGCGCCGGCCUGGCGCGCAUUCUCUUCUACCCCACGCUGCUGUACACGCUGAUGCGCGACAAGGUGUCGGGGCCGGCGCACCGCGACUGGUACCACCGCAUCGACUCCACGGUGCUCUUGGGCGCACUGCCGCUGCGCAGCCUCACGCGCCGGCUAAUAGAGAAGGAGAAUGUUCGAGCAGUGAUCACCAUGAAUGAAGAAUAUGAGACGAGAUUCCUGUGUAACACUUUUGAGGAAUGGAAAGCAGUCGGAGUAGAGCAAUUGCGUCUCAGCACAGUGGAUAUGACUGGAGUCCCAACUUUGGAAAACCUAAAGAAAGGUGUCCAGUUCACACUCAAGUAUAUGACACUGGGGAAAUGUGUCUAUGUUCAUUGCAAGGCUGGGCGCUCCAGAAGCGCCACCAUGGUGGCAGCCUAUUUGAUGCAGGUAUAUAACUGGAGUCCAGAGGAGGCCGUGAAAGCUAUUGCCGACAUCCGUUCCCACAUCCACAUCAGACCUGGGCAGGUAGAGGUCCUCAAGGAAUUCCACAAACAGGUCAUAGCUGAAGCAGAAAAAACUAAGGUUUCCCAAAAAGAACCAGCUGAUGAAUGAAGUAGGAAAACUGGAAAGAACUCUUAAGACUCUGCAGCUCAUUACAGAAUAAACAAAUGCAUUCAUUGGACCCUGGGGGCUGUAACUUGUAAUAGGCAGAAAACAUCCUGCUCUAUCAGAAAUGUGACAAAAGGAUGGAUAACCAUCCUUUUUUUGUCUGCUUUGUUUUGCUUCAGUCUCAGAAAACUAUUCAUUCUACAACAGAAGCUAAAUGUAAACUCGGUUCUCAAUAGAGUUUCUCUUUUACUACAUAGG